UAGCACAUGUCAAUUUUCUCCGGUAAUUUUUGCAAAAAUUGUGUUUUGUGAGCUGGAUUGCAAUUUAUGCCCUUUAAUUAGAAUAGCAAACUUUUCAAUAUAUUCGUCCCAUUGUAAUCAGUAGUAGUGACUUCACCUGGUGCUUACGUAUAAAUUCCAGUGACGUAAACAAGUAUUCGUGCUUUUCUAGCUCUAGAGGCUUGCUGGAGAGGAAUUUGGACAAAAAUUCAGCAAAAUUUGCAUUAAAGACUGGGAAAUGAUUAGGUUCACAGUAACAUUAGAUUUUUCUCCUGAGCCUACACCUGAAGACCCAUUCAUUUUUAACUUUGAGAUAACCAAUACAAUAAGUUCUCUGUUUUAUGAAUUAUCAGAAAAAUAUGAACUACCUUCAGAUUUUGAAAUUACUCUCAAAGUUAAUGGUGAAAAAAAGCACACACUAAAUCAUCUAAAAGAAAAAACUCUCUCUGAAGUUUUAUGGCCUAUAUUAGAUGAAGAUGAAUAUGAACUAGUAAUAUCUCUCCUGAAGAUAAAAAAUAUGUCACUAUGUGUAUCAGAUGUUUCAGAAGAUGAAUUGUUUUUGGGUGCUUCUGCCAGUCCUACAGCUGGAGAACUUGCUCUUAGUGAAUAUCCCAGUACACAGUUUGAAGAAUCAACUUAUGAUAGCAGAAGAAGAAAGGCUAGACAGCUUAGUCCUGUCAUAGCGGAAUCACCUACUUAUGUGGGCCUAGUAAAUCAAGCCAUGACCUGUUAUUUAAAUAGUUUAUUGCAAGCAUUAUAUAUGACUCCAGAAUUUCGCAAUGCUCUUUAUAAUUGGGAGUUUGACGGAGCAAAUGAGACUCGCUCAAUACCUUAUCAGUUACAGAAGUUGUUUUUGAAUUUGCAAACUUCCAAUAAAUCUGCAGUGGAAACUACGGACUUAACUACAAGUUUUGGGUGGCAGGGUAGUGAAGCUUGGCACCAACAUGAUAUUCAAGAAUUAUGCAGAGUAAUGUUUGAUGCCCUAGAACAUAAAUUUAAAGAUACUAAGCAAGCUAACCUUAUCAAUGACCUGUACGAAGGAAAGAUGUUGGAUUAUGUCAAAUGUCUAGAAUGUGGCAUUGAAAAAUCUAGAGAAGACACAUUUUUGGAUAUACCAUUGCCUGUUAGACCUUUUGGGUGCACUGUGGCUUACAAUAGUGUGGAAGAAGCACUUAGGGCCUUUGUUCAGCCAGAAACCUUAGAAGGAAAUAACCAAUAUUUUUGUGAAAAAUGUAAUAAAAAGUGUGACGCUCACAAAGGAUUAAAAUUCACUAAGUUUCCAUAUUUGCUCACAUUACACUUAAAAAGGUUUGAUUUCGAUUAUAACUCUAUGCAUCGGAUAAAGCUGAAUGAUAAGGUAGUCUUUCCAGAGAAACUAAACCUGAACUCUUUUGUGCCACCAAGUAAAUCGGAAACCGAACAUACUAAUAUGGGUGAUGGUGACGCAGCUGUAAAGUGUGAUGAUUGUAGUACUACGGAUUCCGGCGCGGCUGAUGACGAAAGUUGUCAGGGCACCGAUUUGUCUUCAGCAGCCAACGGACAGGACGAUAAUUGUGCAGAUGCGUGUAGCGAUGAAGGUAUAGAUGUAAGCUCAGGCAAUAAUCAGAAUGAACCCGAAGCAAAAGGCCCCUACGUUUAUGAACUCUUCAGUAUAAUGAUUCAUUCUGGAAGUGCUUCCGGUGGUCAUUACUAUGCCUAUAUUAAAGAUUUUGAUAAGAAUUCUUGGUUUUGUUUCAACGACCAAACCGUUAGUCCUAUAACAGAAGACGAUAUAAAGAAAACUUACGGCGGAGGGCCGCAACGGGGUUAUUCGGGAGCGUACAGUUCUAGUACCAAUGCCUAUAUGCUAAUGUAUAGGCAAAUUGAUAAGGAUAGGAAUUGUAGAGCGAUAUCCGUUAAUGAAUUCCCUCCGCAUAUAGAGAGCUUAUUGACCAACAUAAGACAAAAGGAGGAAGAGGAGCGAUUAAAUAGAAAGAAGGAAGAUGAAAUGGUUAAAUUAAAUAUCACCUGUAUCCACCCAACAACCGGCGUUUCAAUGGAAUUAAAAAUUUCGACAUUCUCAGAUGAAAAAUUAGGCGAAAUAGCACAGCACGCUUACAUCCGGUUUAAAUUAGACGGAUUGGUGGAAAUAAGGGAUUGCCGACUGGUAGCGUACAACAAACAACAAAAAUGUAUUUAUUGUAGUUUCCAAAGUGAUGAAGUCACAAUUAGAGCCGCCAUGCUUAUGCACCUAACGGUUCAUUAUACGGAUUGGAUGCUGGAAAUUAAAGAACCCGGUACAAAAUGGAAACAAUAUCAAAUAGGAGGCAUUAAUAUGAGAGUUUUUCCUAUAAACUUGGAGACUGAAGACAUAGAAGAACCAACUACUAUUAGGGUCGAGGUGGGAGAAACAGUAGGUCAGCUCAAGCAAGAAUUAGGCCAAUUAUUAAUGGCUGAUCCUCUCCAUUUAAAGGUGAUGUUAGGGAUGUUUUCAAAUGAGGCAAAGUAUUUUGAUGAUGACUCUGAGGUAGUACAUUUCGACUCGAAAGGUUUUGAUUGCAAGAUAUACGUCGGUAAAGAUACAGAAAUGGCCAAAAAGAAUGUUAAUAAAUUGAAGAAAUUAGUCGAUCUGUACAGUUACAUAACCAGUAUUACAAUUUCUAUGCCCAAUACAGAUGAAGACACUCUUGAGACCCUAUCGAUACCACCCUUAGACAUCAACCAGAACGUAGAGAAGCAAGAACCUAUCAAUGACCGGCCUAAUUCCCCAAGUCUAAGGGCCUCUCCGCAGCCAAUAACUGGAGGAAUGUGUGGCGACGGUUACGAUCAAAGUAAUAGUGAAGAUAGUAGCUUAAGUGAUGGAGAUCGAACCCUUAUUGGUGAUGCUCCAGUGGACUGCAUGGCUUUAUCAAGUAACUCUCCUUCUCCGGGUGAUCAACACAUGGCUUCUCCUGAUCCCUGUCAAGGUUCUUAUAACUGUGACGUUAUGGGGAGACCUGACGACGAAAUGUACUGGGAUGAUACCGAAAACCAGCUGGUUUCACAAAAAGAUAUACCUCAGAAUUUAUACUUUAGGGUUGCAGGUAUGCUGUUUGAUUCCGAUCCUAAAACAGAAGAAGAGACAUAUUGUCACGCUAAGGUCUUAGUAGAUAGACGGAUGACCCUAGAAACGUUAAAGAAACACUUAGAACAAGUGUUAAAAGUGCCUUCAGAAUAUUUUAAAGUGUUCCGACAUCAACAUUUGGAUGAAGAAUGGGUGCGAUUAAAAGAUACCUUAAGGUGCCUAAAAGAUGACGAAAGAUUAACAAUUAAGUUAGGAAGAGUAUUGAAAGAGGACGAACACCAAUGUAAAGUGUAUUACCUAAAACAGGACAACAUGGAACCUAAUAACCUCCUUUUUGAACAUAUCAUUGCGAAAAAUCAAGUAGUAGAGUCUGUCAAAAAAGAUAUUUUACAUCAUGCCAAAAAACGACAUAAUUUGGAUAUACCUUAUAAUCGGUGUAGAUUGAGAGAGAAAAGUUGGAAAAAGCCAAAAAAAGUAUAUUUAGACGACCAAAAGUUUGGUGAUGAUAUAUCCCUUCCUUACAAUUUCGAGCUGUACCUACAAGAACUGACUGAACCCGAGUCGGUCACCUCCAAUAAUCAAGUUGUAGUGUUUUUAAGGAGGUUUCACCCGGCAGAAUUAACCUUGGGUCCCUUUCAAGAGGCCGUCUUGGAUUUACUAACGAUGGACGACCUUAAAACGAAAGUUUCUGAGAUUUCUCAGAUUCCUUUAGAACAUUUAGGAGUAGCUAAAGUUAAGUGCAAUUACCCAUACGACAUGCAUAUUUUGGAAAUCGAAGACGAUUUAGAUUGGAAUCCGGACGUUCAAACUUUGGAUCAAUGGCCCUUAAGUGUGGAGGAUGGCUGCAUGUUCUUUUAUAAGGACAACCGAGAGAAACGAAAAGAUCUCACCCUUGAAGAAAAGAAAGAGAUCCGCCAAAAAGAGGACGCGAGAUUGGGCCGGUUAAGUGUAAGAACGUACUCGCCCGGUCGAGAACGCGCCCUUAAAAUCUACUUGCUCGACUCCUCACCGGCCAAAAUCCAAGACGACAUUGACUCUCACGAG